UGAGAAAAAAAUAUAUUGAAAUUCGUGCUAGCAGACAAUACGUAGCCGGUGAGAUAUGCUUAUUGAUCAUCAUUCAUGAAUUCGAAUUAGAGAGCAUAAUCCAACCCAGAGGUAAAACAUGAAUGAAAAAUGCUACUGAUCCGCAGCACACAGUACUCAUGCAACUGCUGGGUUGUGAAGUUGUUCCUCCAGAUAUCUUCAUAAUCGGCGACUGGUAGGGGAAAGUUUUUCCUGACUGAUAAGUGACAGACGUUUGGGAAAAACUAUAAAGUCAGGUACAAGAGCUAACCGCUUUUCAGUACACGAACUUUAUCCGUCGCCCAAUGAAUAUGCGUUAGAUUCACGGAUAACGACGACUGUAGGCACUAUAGACAAACGGCAGCAAAAUGGUGAAUGUACAGAAAAUACUGAUUGUAACUAUAACACUGCACUCCGUUUAUUGUUUAGCAAUCGAACACCCACAAAGCUACUCAUUAUUCAAACGUGGCAUUGUGCUCGGUGAUUUGACAUACAGCUAUGCGUCCACGGAUAUGGGCUCAUCGGACGGAGGUCGCGUAAAAACGGUGACUGUCAUCAAAAAUGUUGCUAUGCCGAAACCCACGAGCACAAUGUUCAAGGAUCGUACGGAAGAUUUUUUCGAAUCAUUCGACCUUACGGGGAACAAACCUCAAGAACAGAUACAGUACUGGCCGGCAGAUGAAUCGAACAAAAUGAAAAAGAUCACCAUCAAACCACCAUCGUUCGCGAUACCUGAAACAAAAGAGUUUUCUCCGGAAGAAUUCAAACAUCCGAUCGAUUUGCUAGAGAUAGUAAAAAGUGCCGCGAAAACACAGAGCAAAUUGAUGAAGACUGCUCCUGUAGAUGAUACCGGUCCAGUCAUAUUUCCACCGGACGCACAAAUGAUGAAAAAACGAAACAACGGUGUCGUAAGUGUUGCCAAAGAAUAUACCAGUGUGCUAACGAACGAUCAAAAGGAACGAAGCAAAUCGAAAACUGCUGGUAAACUGAACACAAAGGUGGAAACGAUCAAAACAAAAGAAAAAAAGUAUGAAAACUACAAGUUCGUUGAUCCUAGCUCCCAGUACCAGGAUGAUUUCGAGCAAACCGAAUACGUUUUUAUGCCCGAAUCGAACUCGUACAAACUUAAACAAGUAUCCAAGGCACCGGUGGCGAUCAACGAUGAACUUAAAAAUACACCAUAUGCAUACAAAGAUCCUUCACCACCCAGAACAAUAGAUUUUACCUUGUACAGUACCAACGAUACCACACCGGAUCUACUGUUUUCCGAACUGGCCAAUGCCGUAGCUAGCCGGAACAUUACGAUGAUCAAGUCUUUGGCUGGACAACUAGACGAACCGUACAGUUUUUCCAAGUUUGAUUUUGAGUCUCUGAAAACCGAUGAGUACGUUCCGAUAUCGUUCGACAUAAGCUCCAGUAGUAUCAAGCAAAAACCUGAAUCCACAUCCGCCACCGAGCCGGUCCCUAAGUUCUCGGAGGUUUUGUCUGAUUUGCAUACAACCACAGCAGUGACAGCAGCGCCGACGACCGUGACAACCACCAAAAAACCAUCGAAGUAUAUAGCGCCACGAUUGAGAGGAAUCAUGCGGUUCUCAUCGCGAAAGCAGUAGCAUUUUAGAUAUUACCUCUAUAAUAGUAAUUUAUUUAAAUAAUUAUUGCCGUUGAAUCAAUCCGCACAGUUCUCGAUUAACAUUAGAAAAGGUCCCAAAGGCGAAUAACAGCUUCUCUUUGUUUACUCUCUCUUCUAAUUAUUACGGCAUAUUAAAAAAAAUCAACAGUGCAAAUCGGAAGUUGAUGGUUUUAAUCAUUAUUUAAUGUGAAGUGUUAAAUGGCAGGAUUGCCGAUUGAACCGUAAUAAUCAAAAGAGAAACUGCCAUUUGCACUUGAGACCUUUUCGAAUGUUUAUCUUCAAUUGAUCAGUUGAUUUUGUUGAACGUAAAAUACAUAUUUGUUGACAGAAGCUUUGUUUCAUUUCACUUUAACUUGUAUUAUGUUUUAUUAUCAUGUAAUAGAAGACAUUUUGCUUUGACCUAAUG